AUGCUGCGACAGGCCAUCACCCGUAGCAAAGGAGGUUUGGAUGCGCUGGGGACUUCAACCUAUCCCGUACGGGGGGUGGCUACAUCGACUUCUCGCCAUGCACUUGAAACACAUAACUACCAUAGUGUUAUACUGGAUCGUUCUCCUAUACCUUACGUUGCGUCUACUCCGCCCCUCUUAUGGCCAGAGCGACGCCAAGAUACUGAAAGUGACUUCUGGCGUAAAAUUCCGCAAUGGAGAGAUACGCCUAGGGACGAAUUCCUAUCUUGGACAUGGGGGAUCAACCACGUCAUCGAGGCAAACAUAAAAAAGAAGGAUAAACUGAAGGAGUUCCUCUAUGCCAUGGUGCCAAAUGAACUCCCUCGUACACAUGGCCUGGGUGGUUCGCAGACCCGCGAUGAAUUCGUGGGUGACGUUGUCAGUGGCAUCAGGAAAGCCACAAUGUCUGUCAGGGUUAUGCCAUAUUUGUUAAGUAGGAUCAACUGGAGUGAUCCAGUAAACGACCCUAUAUUCAAACAAUUUUUCCCGUUGGGGUCGGUGAUGGUUGAUGAUCAUCCUAUGGUUAAGAUGGACUCCUUGAAUGAAAAAUCGGAUUCGCCUGUCGACGGUCUCGUACAUCGUUAUCCCGACAAGGCGCUCUUCCUCGCAACCUCCGUGUGCCCGACAUAUUGCGUGUUUUGCACGAGGGCUCACGAUGUCGGCCCAGACACCGAGAUGAUAUCCAAAGGACCGGCUAGGAUGUCAAGAGAAAGGAUCGAUAAUGUCUUCAAAUACAUCGAAAGUCAAGAGGGAAUCCAUGACAUAGUCGUGUCCGGCGGCGAUGCCUUUUACAUUCAGCCUAACCUCCUCGAGGAAAUCGGGGAUCGACUUAUCGCGGCGAAGAAUAUCGAAAGAUUCCGCUUCGCAACCAAGGGGUUAGCGGUGGCACCGCACAGGUUCCUCGAUAGAAAAGACCCGUGGACAGACACCCUAAUCCGGGUGUCGGAUAAAGCAAGGAGAGCAGGCAAGCACAUGGCUCUGCACACCCACUUUAACCACCCAAACGAGAUAUCCUGGAUCACGGAACAAGCCAGCCUCAGGCUCGUGCAGUCAGGCGUAUCUAUCCGCAACCAGUCGGUGUUACUUCGUGGCAUCAACGACAAUAUUGAUACCAUGCUAACCUUGAUCAAGAAGUUGGCCAAGAUGGUGAUUCAACCGUAUUACAUCUACCAAUGCGACAUGGUGAAGAAGGUCGAGCACCGGCGCACGUCCCUGCAGACUCUGCUCGACAUCGAGUCGCAGAUCCAGGGUGCCGUCGCCGGAUUCUUCAUUCCGAAGUGUAUUGUCGAUCUUCCCGGCGGCGGCGGUAAACGGCCUGCGUCCCUCUACGAGUCCUACGACCGAAGGACGGGCAUUUCCACGUUUAAACAGCCAGCGCUUAAAGAGAAGGGUAGGGAAGAUAUGGUAUAUAGAUAUUACGAUCCGGUGGAUACCUUACUCCAUACUCAAAAUCCCGUCUUAGGUCGGGUUCGUUAGGGGACCAGGUAGCGUAGUGAAGGGAAAAGGGCGAGAAAGCAUUUGAUAUCGAAGAUGGGCAACCAGAACUCCAGUCUACUAUUCCGACUCUGAGGAUGUACGUAUGUAUGUACGUAUGCAUGUACUAUGCAUAUGUAUAUUUCUCAUGGCGCUGAAUAGCUUCCGAGUCUGAUGUAAUAGUCCGUUCCUGAUGUUGUGGCUUCGUUGGUGGAUUAUUAUCUGUACAUAGUACA